CUUGUCAAAUCCAACUGCGCCAUUCAUAGCUCACAAUCUCAAAACACAGAGAAAGACUCAACAAGCUUUGAACUCAAAAUCUCCUUUUUAUUUUAUUAAAAGCAUGAUGUCAAGUACACGAUUUUUCCUGUUCCUUACUGUCCUCUUGCAGGCUGUGUACACCCCAUGCAAUGCUCUGAACUUCCCGUUGUUGCCUGGAACGCCCCCCGUUCUCUGCUCACUGGUCGACGGUCCUUGGUAUCUCUGUGAUCAAGCUGAAAACUUUGAUGCUCAAGCCGUUCCAUCAUUGUACGCAUCAAUUGCUACUUUCUUUAACUUUGGUGACGCUACCGGACAAGACGCAGAAGUGGAAGAAGCCCCAGCUGGAGAUGGUGGAGCCAGAAGGCAACUCAGAAAGGGAGCCAACGACGAAGAGAAGUAAAAUGAGAUAAAACACAACUGAUAUGGCGGCGUGGAUUCCGACAAUGAAGCUAAGGAGGACAGGAGAUGCCCAGAACGAAGGAGCGUCCAAUUCUCGGAAUCUUGCAGCAGCAAAAAUUUAGGUUCUACCAAUUGUAAAAUAAAAUUCAAACUUGGUCGCUUCUACAUGCACUAUUACUAGCCUGUCGA